AUGACACAAACAGAAAGCCGUAUCGCCAUCAUUGGCAUGGCUUGUCGCCUUCCCGGCGGCGCAGACAGUCCUGAAAGCCUAUGGUCAUUGCUGGCCGAAGGCAGAGACGGACGAAGAGAGGUCCCCAAAGACCGUUGGGAUUGGAAGUCGUUCUACAACAAGAACCCAGAUACAAGAGACGCCACAAAUUUUAGCCAUGCCUACUUCCUUGAUGAAGACGUCUCGGCCUUUGACGCCCGCUUUUUCAAUAUUCCCGGCACAGAUGCAGCGUCUAUGGAUCCUCAGCAAAGGUUAUUGCUGGAGGUGACUUAUGAAGCCCUCGAGAAUGCUGGUCUUCCUAUUGAGGACAUGAGAGGAUCUGAUACCUCUGUGCAUAUGGCCAUGUUUGCUCGAGACUAUGAUCGCAUGGGUUAUAGAGAUUUGUCUCAAGUGAGCAUGAGUCAUAUUAUUGGCGCUGGAGAGGCUAUUCUUGCCAACAGACUUUCGUAUGUAUUGGAUCUGAAAGGAAGUUCCAACACUUUGGACACGGGUUGUUCUGGUGGUCUUGUUGCUCUGCACCAAGCAUGUCAAACGCUGAGAGCAGAUGAGUCUACGAUAGCAUUAGCAGGAGCAAGUCAGCUUCUGCUCACCCCUGAUCAAUCACUCGUCAUGUCGCAACUCACCAACAAAGAUGGAAGAUCUUACACUUUCGAUGAGCGUGGCGCUGGCUACGCGCGAGGUGAAGGCGUAGGCGUUCUCGUCCUGAAACGCCUUGACCGUGCCGUCGCAGAUGGUGAUUACAUCCACGCAGUGCUCCUAGAAUCAGGAGUCGGUCACGAUGGAAAAACCUCUGGUAUCUUUUUGCCCAACAGCUCGGCUCAGGAAGCCCUCGCUCGCUCCGUCUACUCGAGAGCUGGCCUUAAUCCUCUUGACACAUUGUUCGUUGAGAGCCAUGGAACUGGAACCGUGGCAGGUGACAAUGCCGAGGUUGGUUCCAUUGGCAGGGUCUUUGGUCGUGCGGCAGGACGUACGACCGAUCUACCUAUUGGUAGUAUCAAGACCAACAUCGGUCAUCUGGAAGCAGCCAGCGGUGUGGCGAGCGCCAUCAAGGCCAUUAUGGUUCUUAAGAAGAACCAAAUUCCACCACAGCUCAACUUUAUCAACGAGAAGCCUGGGCUUGAUCUUGAGAAGAGGGGACUCAAGGUGCCCUUAGAGCUUAUGCCGCUUGCACCAGAAGACCAUACUGGGCCAAGACGUGUGUCUGUCAACAGCUUUGGUUAUGGAGGAACCAACGCUCACGCCAUUCUCCAAGGAUACGAUUUCGAGCCUCAGCCUACUCCUAACCAGAGCAGCGAAACAAAGCCCAUUGUCCUCUCGGCGAACUCAGAAUCGUCGCUCAAGAAAUUGAUCUCCAACACACGGCAGUGGCUCCAAUCGGAAGAGAGCCAGUCAGUGUCCUUCACUGAUCUGGCCUACACUCUCAACACACGACGCUCCAAGCUCCCAUGGCGCUGCAGUGUUGUGGCCAGCACUGUCCAAGAACUCGACGCAGCUCUUGGAGAUGCUAAACUACAACUCGUUAAAUCGUCACGAGAUGUUGCCCUGGCCUUCGUCUUUACAGGGCAGGGUGCACAGUGGCAUGCCAUGGGCCGUGAGCUUCUUGCCAGUUCUCAGUCCGGAGAGUUCGCUGCUUCUAUCGCUCACAGCAACAAUGCUAUGAAGGCACUGGGAUGUGAAUGGGAUCUUGUUGAGGAACUCUCGCGGGACGAGGAUUCUUCGCGACUUGGCGAGGCUAGGUUCGCGCAGCCAGCGACCACAGCAGUGCAAAUUGCCAUGGUCGACUUGCUUGCCAAUACCUAUGGUAUCCAACCUGAAGCUGUAUGCGGUCACAGCUCAGGAGAAAUUGCAGCUGCUUAUGCAGCCGGUGCUUUGAGCAGAGAUGCCGCUAUGCAGGUCUCUUACAUGAGAGGUAUCUGCUCAGCCAAAGCCAAGACUUUGAAUUCGACUCCUGGUGGUAUGUUGGCUGUGGGAGAAGGACCAGAGGAUAUCGGCGCGCGCAUUAAAAAGAUCGAUAGCAGCUUCGGUAAGAUCGUCGUGGCUUGUGUCAACAGCCCAGAGAGUACCACUAUCUCUGGAGAUGUUGCAGCUCUCGAAGAGCUUCAGGCUGUACUGUCAGAGGCUUCAGUCUUCAACAGACGCAUCAAGGUUGACUCGGCUUACCAUUCCCAUCACAUGGAGGUGGUAGCGCCGUCUUAUUUAUCGUCACUCGACGGACUGGUGACUGGCGAGACACGAGAUGAUGUGGCAUUCUUCUCAUCUGUCGCCGGCGUUCGCAAGACAUCUGGCUUCGGGGCAGAGUAUUGGGUCUCGAACCUGGUAUCUCAGGUCAAGUUCAGCACCGCCUCUCAACUCGUCGCUCAGCAUGUUUCCGACACACACUCUUCAGGCAUCAACAUGUUAAUUGAAGUUGGCCCUCAUGCGGCGCUGUCUGGACCACUGAGACAGUCACUAUCAGACGCCAACUUCAAGUUACCCUCGGGAGCUUCCUUCAAGUACACCUACGCUCCAUGCCUCAUUCGCAACACAAGCGCACUAAAGUCCGUUCUGUCACUGGUCGGAAAGGUCUUUGAGUCUGGAAGCCCUGUGCGACUUGACACCAAGAAGACAGAUGAACAGCCUCGAGUUGUUCCUGAACUUCCCUCGUACCCUUGGGAUCACAGCAACACAUACUGGCGCGAAUCCAGACUCAGCAAGAAGAACCGCAUGCGUCCAUUCCCUCCUCAUGAUCUACUAGGUCUCUUUGAAGUGGCCAGCUCGCCGUACGAACCACGGUGGAGAUACCACGUCAGUCUUGCCAACACUCCCUGGCUUCGCGACCAUGUUAUCGAGGGAUUCAUGAUUUUCCCUGGUGCAGGUUAUCUCAUCAUGACCAUCGAAGCUAUGAAGCAACUGUUUCAGCUGCGUAACAUGCCGGGUCGCAUCGCCAACAUUAACUUCCAGAACAUUGUCAUCGCCAACCCGGUCAUCAUACACGACGACGAUAACUCCAAGGAGAGCCAGGUGGUAGAGUUACAACUCAUCAUUAGUCCUUCUCGUCAACACUCAGGCAGUUCUUGGGAGCAUUUCCGAGUCAUCUCUUACGAUUCACAGAAUGACUCUUGGAUUGACAACUGCAGUGGUCUUGUCUCCUGGGACUCUGUCACUAGUGAGGCCAGUGCUGCUGUUCAACCCCAAGUCGAUAGUUUUUCUAGCGUACAUGACGAAGAUGGGUUGGGCCAUUUGUCAAAGGCUGCUGCUCAAACGUGGCUACGAGAUAUUCAGGCGGUCUGUCAUACCCCUCUCGAUGCUGCGGAGACAUAUCUCGACCUCAAGACAGCCGGCAAUGAGUACGGCGAGACAUUCCAAGGCAUGAAAGAGAUUCACGUCGGUGACGGAUUCGCCACCGCCAAGGUCAUCAUCCCAGACAUCACGCAGUUCGCACCAGGACACUCCAUGCAGCCGCAUACCAUCCAUCCCAGCGUCUUCGACUCAUUGUUCCAACUUGAGCCUGUUUGCUUCCGUCGGGAAGGCCUUAUGGCGCCCAUCAUGCCUACCAACCUGGGACAAAUCUCGGUGGCGGCUGAUAUGGAUAGCGCGCCAGGCACAGAGAUUAUGGUGGCUCUGCAGCACUUCCAACACACUCCUCGAGAUUCGACUUGUGCGUUUUACGCGUACCAGAAGAUGAGCGAUGGGUCGUAUCGCCCUGUGGUGACGUGCAAUGAUGCUCGGUCGCAGGCGGUUGGAGAGGGUGAUGCGGAUGAUGACGCCAACAACAAGAUGACCUACCGCAUGGACUGGAAGCCUGAUAUCAACUUUAUGACUGAGAGUGACUUGAUGCCUCUUUCUUCGGAUAUUAUUCCCCUUACCGAAGGAGGAAGCGGUGUUCUUUCCGAGGGCCACGUCGCCCAUAUCAAAGCAUGUAUGGAAGCACUCGUUCACAAGAGUCCCAAUAUGGACGUUCUGAUGAUCGGCUCUGGACCUAGCAGUGAUACUGUGUCACUUAUGGAAGCCAUCGAGUGUCAGAGUCGAUUACCUCUGACUAUGUACACUUACACUGAUGUGUCGCCUGAACUUGUUGAACAAGCUCGUGACAAGUUCGGCGAAUGGAUUGCUCCCAUCGACUUCAAGAAGCUGGAUAUCUCGCAAGACCCUAUCCCUCAAGGACUCACCGCCCAUGGAUUCGAUCUGAUUGUGGCUUCCAUGCUCUCUUACACUGCUACUGGAAGAGAUAUUGCCUUGGGACACGUUAAGAAGCUUAUGAGGCCCGGCGGAAGACUGGUGCUUUUGGAGUCUACUGCGGUUGCAACGUCUGGCAGCGAACGCACCGAUGAACCGCUCAUUAGCAUUUCUCAAUGGGAAACCUGCUUGAAGGAUCAUGGGUUCGGCGGACUUGACUUUACCUUUUCCCAGGGUGAUGAUGACUCCAGUGCUCUGAUGAUGACACGACUUCUUUCUUCAGCAACUGAGACUACAAACAGUUCCACUCAACAGGUUGCUGAGAAGACAAUGGAGGCGAAGGUUCUGCUUGGCCACUCCGAAUCUGCAGACCAAAUCGCUCUUACCCAAGUCCUCUCACAGGCUUUGAAGCAAAGAGGUGUAGACUGCACGGUGGAGAGGUUAAACUCUUCAGGGGAACAGGCACCUGUUACCAUUGUCAUCGACUCGGUAGAGCACCCGCUUCUUCUUUCCCCCAGCCCAGAGACCUUCCAGCAGAUUAAGGAGCUUCUUCUUCGUGGUGGGGAUGUUCUUUGGCUCAGCUUCCAAGCCUCAGACGCAUCAGGUAGCAAAGCGGCCUUCAAGAAGAUGGCUGGCGGUAUGGCUCGGGUCUUGCGACGAGAGAACCCCAGUUUGCGAUUGAUCACGGUUGAUGUCCAGGAUGUCAUGAAGCCUUCUGCUGAUCAGGUGCAGGGUGUCGUUCGGUUGAUCUCAGAUGUUACCAUGUUAUCCUUCUGGUCGCCUGAGGGUACUACAUCCACGGAGAAUGAGUACGUCAUCCGUGAUGGAAAGCUCCUCAUCCCACGAGUUCUGCCAGAUGAACACCUCUCUACACACAUCGACAGUCGCGUCAAUCCUCAGCACAACAUGGGCAGCGACGCUGCCCUGCUGCCUUGCUCGUAUCUUGACAAAGGCAGACCUAUCAAGUUCGACAUCCGAGUACCAGGCUUACUUAAGACCAUUCGUUUCGUAGACAACGACGAGAUGUUAAACCCGCUCGGUCCAGACGAGGUUCAAAUCGAGGCUCGGGCAUACGGUGUCAACUUCAAGGACGUACUUAUUGCUCUGGGCCAGAUGCCUCCCGCUACUCAGAUGACCGGUGAGAUUGCUGGUGUGAUCACAGCUGUUGGUUCCAACGUCUCAUCGCACAAGAUAGGCGAUAGAGUAACAUCGCUUUUCGUAACUCAGCUGGGCAAUCAAGUUCGUGUCAAGAGCAGCAAUGUGGUUACCAUCCCCGAUUCCAUCAGCUUCACCGAUGCAGCUUCCAUUCCUCUCAUCUUUGUUACGGCGUGGUACUGUCUCAACCAAGUUGCCAGGCUCGAGAAGGGCCAGCGUGUUUUGAUCCACGCCGGCUCAGGUGGUGUCGGACAAGCGGCAAUCCAGCUUGCCCAACUAGUAGGAGCCGAGGUCUUUACCACCGUGGGAAGCGCGGCGAAGAAGACGCUGGUGAAGGAGCGAUACGGCCUAGACGAUAGCCAUAUCUUCUCAUCACGCUCUGGAGUCUUCAAGAAGCAGAUCUUCGAUGCUACUCAGGGCAUGGGCGUUGAUGUUGUCUUGAACUCACUCUCGGGUCAGCUCCUCCGCGAUAGUUGGGACUGUCUCGCACCCUUCGGUACUUUCUGCGAGAUUGGCAAGGCCGACAUCAUUGGCCGUGGUCAGCUCAAUAUGGCCAAGUUCGACAAGCAAGCCACCUUUGCUGCGGUGGAUGUAUUCUACAUGCACCAGAACCGUCCUGAACGUGUUGUUCGCGGCAUUAAUGAGGUCCUUGCCAUGGUUGAUCAGGGCCUGCUAAGGUCUGUGCAUCCUGUCACCACCUUUGAUAUGUCCGCCAUUGAGCAAGCUUUCUCUCUUAUGGCUGAGAGAAAGCACAUGGGAAAGCUGGUGCUUCUUGCUGAUGAGAGCACUCUUGUGCAGGCCACUCGACCAAAGGCACCUGUCCUUCGCCUACAACAGGAGGGAAGUUAUGUCAUCGGCGGUGGUCUUGGUGAUAUCGGCAAGAAGAUCGGGCGCUUCCUUGUUGAGAAGGGCGCUGGUCACAUAGUGGCUCUUACGCGUCGAGACGCUGACUCGGUGGCUCAACAACCCGCCAUCGUUGAGUUCAUGGAGGUCAUUAAAAACCUUGGCGGCACUCUUCACAUCCUCCAAUGCGAUAUUGCCGAUGAGUCAAGUACUCGCAAUGCUGCAGCCCAGUUGGUUGGGCUUGGCCUGCCACAGGUACGGGGCAUUAUCCAGAGUGCCACAGUCCUCCGAGAUCGUCCCUGGGAGAACAUGAAGGUUGACGACUGGAACGAAUCUGUCAAGCCCAAGGUCCAGGGUACACUCAACAUGAACGAGUUCUUCUGUUCGCCAGAAACCACAGACUUCUUCGUCAUGUUGUCCUCAGUGGCAAGCAUUGUGGGUUCUGCAUCUCAGAGUAACUACGCUGCUGGAAAUGCAUUCCUGGAAGCUUUCGCUCACGCUCAGACACAAGCUUCGCAAGGUAUCACCAAGUACACAGCUGUCAACGUAGGAGCUGUGGAGGGAUCCGAGUUGAUCGCGGGUGUGCAAGACCAAGGCAUCGAUAUUACCAACACUAUUGGCUCAGUGUCAUUCGACGAAGUUCUUGCUGCUCUCGAGUACGCCAUGAACCCGCAAGCCCGUGCCGAUCACACCGUGGUGCAGCACUUGAUGCAUUUCAGCCGUGACAAGCUGGAGGCUUCCUCCGGUCCUUGGGCGCUGAGCGAUCCUCUGUAUGACCACAUCCCCAGCAAGAUGAGACUUGAAGGUAGAUCUGCCAGCAAGGGCGGCGAUGGCAAGAAGCAGACCAUUCUCCAAGCUGUUGAGGAAGCCGAGACGGUAGCUGAGGCUGAGGUCAUUGUGAAGCAGGCGCUACUCGAUAAGUUUGAGGCUUUUAUCGGUGAUGAUGUCCCUGAUAUCCCCAUCGCGGCACUGGGACUAGACUCCCUGGUGUCCAUUGAGCUGAAGAACUGGGUCAGACAUACAUUCAAGACACCCCUUCAAAUCUCUGAGCUCACCAGCGCGCCGAGCAUGCUUGCUCUUGCAAAGUUGAUCAUCUCCAGAAUGGUCCUCAAGUUCAACCCAGCCAAUAGCGCCGUGGUCGAGGCAGAAUCUGACAAGCCUCAGUCUGGCGCUCUUACACCUAUAGUAGUCGAACAGCCUGUCAUUUCUUCUGAAUCAUCCGAUGCCGUUCUCUCGGACGAUGCAACGGAUGAGACAAGCAGUGUGAGUGAGCCUGAUUGGCAUGGCCAGAACUGCUGCAAAGCCUACAAGGACCUUCCCGUUAUGCCAUUGCCUGAUCUUGGUGAGACACUUGACUACUGGCUUGAAUCCAACGGACAUCUCUUUGGUUCAGAACAGCUUGAGUCCAUCAACCGGGAUAUUGACGCUAUACGAGCUCCUGGCAGUUCUGCUCGCAAGAUUCUCAGCGACUUAUAUGAAAAGCAUGCAGAUGACAGUACCAACGCUUGGUUCACUGACAUCGUCACAAAUGCUCGUUUUCUGUGCCGACGAGCACCCGUCGCUCCAUGGACCAGCAUCAUGAUCUCACAGCGUGACAACCCUGGUAAGCGACACAGCCAGGUUGAGCGCGCCGCCAUCAUCGCCUCAGCGACUGUCUCGUUCAAACGCGCUGUUGAUGCUGGCAAGGUUGAGCCGUUGGAGAUUGCCGGUAAGCCCGAGUGUACCUGGGGAUGGUCGUGGUUGUUCAACUCCACGCGCGUUCCGCAACCAGACUGCGACAAGGUCGUCAGCCAUGCUUCGAGGUUGACUGCCGCGAUGGCUCGUGAUCAUGUUGCUGUUUUGAGGAAGGGCCGUGUUUUCAAGGUGAUGCUUCAGAAUGAGGCUAGUGAGGAUGUCUCGAUGUCUCACCUUCAAACCAUAUUUGAAGCCAUCGUUGCACAAGUGGAAGGCGAAGAUGUGUUGGCAGGCUUGUUGACGACUGAUGAGAGGGAGUCUUGGGCAAAGAUUAGAGAGAACUUACUGGAGUUGAGUCCAAGCAAUGUCGACUACCUGCACACUAUCGACUCAGCCAUGUUUGUCCUAUGUCUCGACUCGGGUAGCCCAGAGACACCCGAAGAGAUCGCACGUCACGGAUACAUCGGUGAUGGAACCAACCGUUGGUUCGACAAGGUCCUGCAGUUCUAUGUCAGCGCCAACGGCCGAUCUGGUAUGCUUACUGAGCAUGGCAUUCUAGACGGUACAACCGCUACGCGUCUAUUAGACUGGAUUUCCAAUGAUAUGGACGCCUACCGCUCCGGAUCAAACGGUCAAUCGGCCAGUGCUUCCAAGAUUGAACUCGAGGAAGUCACUCUGCAGAUGCCCGCCGACAUCCGUGAACACACAGCCGCACUUCGUGAGAAGUAUGAACAGGCUACCUCCAAAUCGACAUAUGUGCGCGAGCAGCUCGGCGAGUUUGGCACUGAUCUCCUUCUACAAUCCCGCGUUCCUGUCAAGGGCGUCAUCGACUUGACUUUCCAGCUCGCAAUCAGACUUUUCUUCGGCCAAAACAUGAUCUCUUGGGAACCCACCAGCGGAACACUCUUCCACGCCGGUCGUCCCGAUGCCAUGCAGAGGGCCACGCCCGCCGUCAACGCUUUCUGCGACGCGGCUGCAGACCCAGAUGCAAUCGACAGCAGCCAGCUCAGAGCUCUUCUUCUGGAGGCGGCCAAGUCGAUCAACGCUGGUAUGAGAACACAGCUCCUCGGCCGCGGUUCGCAACGACUCUUUGAGGUUCUAUCUUACUCGUGGCCGACCGACGUGGCCAAGCCUGAGUUUCUGAGCGAAAUGAUUUUCUUCGGUCGACCUAGCCCGCCUAUCUUUGCGCAAACUAAUUCGCUAGAAGGCAAGAUGACGGUUGGGGACUUUGUUCACUUGAUGCCCGAUACUGAUGGUUUCUGGUCUUUUAUAAGUCCAGAGAAGAAUACGCUCUCUGUUUCUCUUACUGGUGGUUCGCAAGAGCGUACUGCGGCUUUUAUGAAGGAGCUUCAUCGCGCUGCAGGUAUUGUUCGUGAUGUUGUUCGCCUUCGGGCUUGA